UUUUGAAUCGAGGCCGACAACGAAAUUCAAAAUAUCUGAACUGUCUAACAAGAUGCAAAUGAAUUUGCUGACAACUUUUUGUUGUUUUUAUUUGUAAUACCCACGAGGGGAGUUCGGCAGUAUUGAAAGAUAGAUAGAUGACCUAAAUUGCUGGAGCUUGAACAUUUUUUAUAACACAGCAUUUGAAAUGGAUCCAGACAAGAAGACAACACUUGUACAUUGGUUCAAUUUGGUGAGUGAGUCUCCCAUCAGAUCCCUGGAUGAUCUCCGAGAUGGGGUCCACAUUGUUAAGCUCCUGCUGUCAUGUGGGGAUAUUUUGCCGUCUGAUGUUGAACUGGAUACACAACAACAGCGAAUCACGGCAUUGAAGAAUUACUUAGAAGGAUUUUAUCGUCAAAGCUUUGAUGACAAUCAGCUCAUUAACUUUGAUGGCUUCACAUGUGGAACGCUUCAUGGGGACGUUUAUGAUUUUGAGAUGGGAAAGUUGUUGCUAGCGCUGCUGGGGUGCCUGGUACAGGAGAAGUGUCGUACCAGAUUCAUCAACCCGGCCAUGAGCAUGGAACCGGUACACCAACUGCACGUGAAAGAGAUGGUGGAGUGUAUCGUGUUCAGCACCUCUGAUUACCUCACGGCAGAGUUGGGACAGGUCCUCAAACAGCCUGCAAUGUGUGGCUCUCACUGCGACGCUGUUCCUUUCUUCAAACUAGUUGCUUCUGGGGACCACAUGUUUGUAUCGCCCGACCAAGCCAGCACACCCUCCAACAAGAGCUGCCAGGUGGGAAUUAACAAGAGGACUCGCAUAUUGCGUAACAAGGGUCAUCGUCUGCCCUAUUCAAUGUAUACAAACUCACCAGGGGGUGCUAACUCCAGUGGGAUUGGUAUCCGUGACAUCUCCAGUCCCAUGAGAGUGAUGUCCCUAUCCUCCCCAGUGACGCCUCUCGGUGCUUUGAUGCAGUCUCCACAGCUGGCUCAGAAGGCUCUUCUAAGGCAAAAGAACAAGGAGCAGAAGCGUCUAGAGGCAGCCCUGGAGAAUGAGAGACAUCUCCGGAGCGAGCUCGAACUCGACCUGCAAGACCGCACAGCACAGAUACAGGACAGGGAUGUGCGUCUGCGUGACCUUGAGCGCCAGCUGGGCGAGGCAAGGAAGAUGAGAGACCAGCUGGAUGAGUUAGACACCCUGAGACAGGAGAACAACCAGCUCACCAGGGACCUACGAGAUUUGAAGAUGCGUCUGAGUGAACAGAAAGAUGUGAGGGAACAGAACGCCAUGCUCGAGAGAGAGAACAAGGAGGCUCUUGGAGAUCUGGCCAAGGCAAGGGAGGAGCUGAGUUUUCAAGAGAUGCUGAAGAAGGCAAGUGAGGAGUACCGGGCCCAGUGUCACAAGCAGCAGGUUCAACUCCUGGACCUGGAGGCGCGCGUGCAGCAUUGGGAGGGGGAGGCCCAGCGAGUGCGGGCUACACUCAGCGAGACCGAGAACAGUCGCCAGGUGGCCAUCAACAACUGUAACCAGCUGAAGAGGGAGAAAGAAGAGCUGGAGGAACUGCUCUCAGCUAACAAUGCAGGCAUGAGUGGCUUAGUUCCGGUGUUCAACGGAGAGUCUAUGAACAUUGUGACAGAGAAACGCUUGGCGGAGGUACAGGCACAGUAUGAGGAGAUGCGUUCAUCGUGGGUCGACCCUCACAUGCAUGACAUUGUCCGUAAACAGCUGGCUCAGGAACAACAAACCAAGCAGACAUUUGAGGAGAAGUAUGUGGAGGCAAAGAAGAGAGAGAUGUCACUGUCUGAUCAGCUUGAGAGGCUACAGUCCACUCUCAUCAGCACACAGAGCUCUGUAGCCAACCUGGAGAGUAGACUGGCCACCAGUCAGGAGGAGGGUCACAGUUUGGCAAGUCAGGUAACCAGUCUCACAGAGCAGCGCACCAGAUUGGAGGAGUUGGAGGCCAGUCUAGUGCAGGCUAACAAGGGACUGCAGUCGAAAGUGGAGCAGUUGGAGGCACAGAUCAGCCAAGCCAAUACACAGCUGCACAUGAUUGCAAAGGAGCUUGAAGUAGAGAAGGAAGUGAGUGAGAACCGCCUGAAGGCUCUCAAGAGUGAUACGCAGGAGGUGGAGGAAUGUCUGAGAGAGGAGCUGACCACGCUGAGGCUCAAGUGGGACAGUGAUAGCUCACAGCUCACGGAGCGGGUCAGGGGCCUUGAGUCAGAGCUCGACAAACAGGCAGCUAGUGCUGAGAAGGCGAAGAAGAAACAUGCCGAGAAUGUUGCAGAGUACGAGGCUCACUUGAAAGAUGUGAAGGAAAAGUCUGAAGAGAGACUGAAUAAGUUUCAGGAAGCUAAAGAUGAGUUGGAGGAGUAUAAAAAAACAAGUGAUGCUGCAGUGGAGGAUCUGAAGUGUACUCUGGCGUCCAUGACGAAGGAAAAGAAGGCGGCUGAGAGGGAGGUACAUAGACUGGGUCUGGAGUUGGAGAAUGUAAGGGCUAGUGGAAAGACAAAAGUGGACAGUGUGGAGAGUAGACUGUCAGAACUGGAGAAAUGUCACCAAGAGGAGGUGUGUGAACUGAAGCAGAAGAAUAAGCACAUCACUGAGGAGUGUCAGACAUUGAAGAAAGAGCUGCAAACGGUAAAUGUGUCGUUUGAAAAGAAAAAAACUGAGUUGCAGCAAUCACAUGAACACAUGAAAGACUUGAAUAGCAGGAAUGGUGAGCUGAUGUGUCAGAUUGAGGAAUCCUCUAGAAAUAUCAUGGAGUUUGAAAAUCAGGUGAAGCUAUACAAUGAACGUUUUAAUAGUGAUGCAGCUAUUAGAAGUAAUCUUGAAUCUCAGAUAGAAAACAUGAUGAAGCAGUUCAGUAAAGAGAAAGACAGUCUUGAUGCAGAAAUCUUUGAAAAUGUUAAGGAAAUUGCAGUAUUGACAGAGAAAAUGGCCAACAAUGAAGAGUCAUUCAAAGAAAGUCUAGCAUCUAUCAGAGACACUCAUGCACAAGAAGUGAAGAUUCAGACAAAAUUGAUAGAGCAGCUGAAAAGUGAGUUAAUGAAAGUAAAAAAUCUUUCUGAUGAAAGUUUGAAGUCAUUUGAAUCUAAGGAAAGUGAUUAUAAGACCCAAGUAGAAAAGCAAAAAGGACAGAUUACAGAACUAGAAUUUGCAUUGAUAGAGAAAGAAGCAAUGGCCACUACCAUGGCCACUCAGCUUGAGUACUUGAAAGGUGUAGAGAAGACACUGAAGUCUACCCUGACCUGUCUAGAAGCAGACAACAUGGCCAUCAAGAAUCUGCUGUCAGAAGGGAACCAGGUAAAGGGAGAUCUUCAUAAGAUCAUCUCAGACAAGGAAGUGGAAUUAACGAAAAUCAAACUGCAAAUGGAAGAGAAUCAGGAAGUCAGGGCUAGGGAGGCUGACGGAUACAGUCGUAAAAUGGAAGCACUGAAACAAGAGUUUGAGUCAGUUAAAAUGGAGUCUAGCAUAGUGAAGGAAAAUCUAGAGAAAGUCAUCGAGGAAAAUAAAGCAGAAAUAGAAUUGUUGAAAAAAAGCCUUGAAACAACUAGUGCUGAAAGAUUGUGUGAAAAGAAUAAUCUUGUGUCUCAGAUUGAACUAUUGAAAGCUGAAUGUCAAGCACAUGUGGCUUGUAGGUCUGAAUAUGAGUCAGAAAUAAACAGAUUGAAGGAAAUUUUAAAUAGUAACUUGUCAACACAGAUUUCAGAAAAGACGGAUUACGAAGUACAAAUUAAAACUCUAAGUGCACAGCUCAGUAAAAAAGAAUCUGAAGUGAAUGUUUUACAACAACAUAUUACUAAGGUUACUGAAGAAAAAGGAACAAGUGAGAAUAAUUUUAAAUCCAAUCUAGAGGUUUUACAGGCAUCUGUCACUGAAAAAGAGUCUCAGUUAGCUGAACUGAAAGACAAACUGGUUGAAACAGAGAGUUACUGGAGGUCUCAGUGUGAGGAACUUGAAGAAGAAUACACUAAAGGCACUCAGGAUCAGAAAUCAGAACUGCAGAGUCAGUUGGAAGACCUGGAGUCCAAAUACGAAGACAAACUGUUAAAACUCUCCAAUGAAAAAGAUAUUGCUAUGGCAAACAAGGACGAGGUGCUAAAUGCAAAGGUGCAAGAGUUGGAAAAGAUGUUGGGAGACAAAAACACUGGUAUUGCUAACCUUCAGGUGAAACUCGAUGAUCAGAAUGUGAAUUACCGGCAGAUGAUGUGUGAGAUGGAAGAAAAACUCAGUGGGGAAAACAGGGACCUUAAGUCCAGGAUCUCCCAGUUAAAGUGCCAGUAUGAGACAAUGAUAGAAACCAACGAGAAAGAGACCAGAAAGAAAGUUCAUGAUCUGGAAGACAAAAUAAGGGAACUGGAGAGUGUCAGAAUGGCUAUAGAACAAGAACUGAAUGGUGAGAGAGAGAAUGUGAAUGUGUUGAAAGGAGAGCUGGCUGCCAUGAGGAUCAAGGUGUCAGAACUGGAGGGUAUGAUCUCAGAGUCCAACUGUCUGCAAGUGGAGAGGGAGGAGCGGAUAUCUGAGCUGGAGAAGGCAGUGUGUGCAGCAAGGGAUGAUGUGGGUCAGGUGAGGGCUGACAGGUCAGAACUGGAGCGUCAAGUGGAGUACACCAGGGAGAGAAAUGACAUACUCACUGCCGAACUGUCCAGUAAUCAGCAACAGUUGGCUGCGGUUGAGGAGGAGAAGCGUCAGCUAGAGUUGCAGCUUGGAGAGCUGUCCAGUGAGUUGACUGCGCGGGCCAGUCAGCUGAGAGAGCAGUCUGAGACCGAGGCACGCAUGUGGAAUGUGGAGAAAAUGGAGCUGGAGAGACAGCUGCAGGCAACUCAGAAAUGUUAUGAUGCUGUGCAGAAGUCUGAGACAGAGCUAGAGGGUGCUGUGGAGUCACUGACUGGAGAGAAGGCUCGUCUGGAGACGAGAUGCCAGGAGCUUGAACGCAAACUGCACGCGGCCCAGGAGGCCUCAAGGCAGCUGGCAGAUGACGGGUCAGUCACGAGGGAACAGAUGAACAAACUCAAUGGGCAGCUUGUGUUGACUAGCGAUGAGUGCAGGAGGCUGACUGAGGUGAACUCCCGAGGGGCUUCACAGCUGGAGGCGAUGCAGAAAGAGUUAAGCAUGAUCAGUCAGAAGUAUGAGCAGGAAGUGAGACAGGAGAGGACUGCCUGUGAGAUCAUGAGUCUCGAGCUGGAACAGGCUAAGGAGAAGCUAUCCAAUGAGGUCAAGGAACGAGAGAGACUUCAGGGAAUCAACGACCAGUACAACAUUCACUACAACCAGAAGAAAAAAACCAUUGUGGAUCUCCAAACACAGCUAGAGAAUGCUCGAGUCCUUGAAGAGAGGUACGCCGACCAGUUGGCUAACAAGAUGGUGCCUCUACAAGACGAACUCAACGUUGAAAAGGCCAAGAACAACAAACUGGCUGUGAAGACUCGUCAACUGGAGACCCAGCUGGACCUGGCCGAGAGGAAGCUGAGGGAGUACAAGCAGCAGCUGGAGAAGGGAUCUGCUCUCUACUUUGGGGACCCCUCACACUUUGAGGAGAUGAUAGCUGACAAGGAGAACGCUGCUGACGCCAGCUUCAUGGAGAACCACCCCUGCUCAUUCCCUGGUGGUGAGUCGACCGUGAUAGAGAAGAAACGCCCCAGCUCCCUGGAGAGCAUUUCAGAGCAGACCCUCACACCUCGCACUAGACUGAGCCGAGCGAACAAGAGGAUAUCCAAGUCUGUCAGUGCAUCCACUGUUGCCAGUAGUGAUGACGUGGACACAGUGAGUAUCGGGUCUGCCACAUCCCUGGCAUACAGACUGCGGUCCCGGGAAUCCACGGCAACGCUCAACAGGAGCAUAUCCAGCCAUGACUCCUGCCGCUCCAAUGCAUCAAACGUACCAAGGGGUACGGGUGGCCUGUACAACUGUGAGGAUGAGCCCAUGGAACUUGAAUGGGGUCGUAUUGGGGAGCUGUCCCGGCGCAAUACCAUGUGCCCCUCCCACCUGAAGACCUCCUACCCCGUGGAGACCCAGCGCUACAACCCCAACCGGUUCCGGGAGGACGCUCUCCGGGAGAGCCACAUUGGGACUGGGCAGCUUACGGCCAGCGGGAAGAAACGCAAGCAGGUCUUUGAUACAGACUCAGGCAGCGACUCUUCUGAUAGCAAGAAUAAACAGGCCAAGACAGGAUGUGUGUAUCAGAAGCCAGGCCCUCCAACCCCGGGUAAUACUCGCCGCAAUUCUAAAGGCUCUCGUUCACCUGGCAACAGGCGUAACUCCAAGACUGCCAAGUCUCCUCGCACCCCGAUGUCGCUACGCAGCAGACGAUCGCCCAAACGAACUCCCAAAAAUUCAACUCCUCACCGCAACUCUAAUAUUGAGAAUGGCAGUUCAGGCAAAAAGGGUCUGGCCUACGAUAUUGGCUUUAGUCCGCUCUCGAUGAACCGCUCCACUUCACGUCUGACCAGGCAGCAGGGCUUCAUACAGAAACAGCCCCAGGCAGCCGGCAAGGAUGCAACAAGGAAGCCUCUAGGGAUUAGGAACUAUCAGCAGACAGGGGUUUAGGGGUCCCUGUGUAGGGAUCAAAAACUAUCAGCAUACAGGGGUCUCUGUAAGGGUCAGCCCCACCUGUGACAUGGAAAUGUGCUCGUGUGUUUACUUGUUAACAACUGAGUUGCUGAAAAUAGGGGUGUCUGAUUUAAUACUCACCGGGAUAGAUUGUGAAAAGUGUUUAUAAUAUAGUAAAGUGGUAUAAAGAGAAUUUUUAUGUCAGGUUUUAGGUAUGUAUGUAAAGAUUGUUUUUAAUUCCAGUACACAUUUUUUAUACGCUUAUCUAGUAUCCAAGUUUAAAAAGGGCAUUGACAUUUUGUCUGCUGUUACAUGUGCAGAUUUAAUUUAUUUUAUGUUUUGUUGUGUGGUGCUAUUUGUGUAAAACUAUCAGUGUAUUUCUUGCUUCCUUUCUCCUUCUUUUGUCACCUCUUCUGUGGGCAAAUUUAAAUCUGUCAAAUUUCCGUUUUGUUGUGUGUAGGUUUCCAAAAUGUUGAUCUCAAUCAUGCUAUGAAAUCAUCAAAAACAGUGAAUCAUAUUGUACAUUCAUUGAUGAAACUGAUUUUCAUAUAUCAUUUUUCAUGGAAUGAUUUUUGUUUAUUAGAUUUUUUAGAAGACUUGCUCUUUGCUUACAUAAUAUUGUCAUGCUAUUUAAUCAGACAUUGGUUGUGAAUAGAUUUGUCAUCAUAUGGCUGUAAAUAAAACUUGAUAGUAGAGUA